AUGGUCAAUGUGGACGCUCACUAUGAUCUGCGCUACGUGGAUACUCUACAGGCAAGCCAACCGGAUCUAUGCCCUGACUCUACUGGCUCGGGAGAGUAUCACGUUAUAUUGCUGAACUAUCUGUGGCCUUCGUGGUGGCGAAAUGCGAUAGCAGACGCCAAGACUGUCAUCCUGGCUGAUGGUGCUGCGUCGCGGUUGGCCGCAGUUGCUGCAGGCGAAACUCUUAACGAAUGUGGGCGCCAUGAGGGCUCCUCCGCCGAGCUGCGCGUUGCCGCAGAUACCGUAUGUAGGUUGCUAUCCUCUGCGCUUGGGGCUGUCAAGUUUAUCAGCGUGGGUGACUAUGACUCCAUGACGCCCAGAACGGUCGAGUUUUUGGAGACCUACGGGAUAGCAAGAAACCAUGUUCCUGAGCAAGACUCGACCGACGGGUCGAAGGCGCUAACUCUAUUGUUAAACUUACUGAGUGUGAACAAUUCAAGCGGGCCCUCAUCUGCGCCAGCUGCGCCAGUUACUCCAGUCAUCCCACGUGUCUUAAUGCUGGGUGCAUUUGGUGGACGUUUAGACCACUGCUUAUGUCACUUUUGUCUACUCCACAAGUACGGUAGUCAGUGCACCAUCCAUCUGCACGGCGAUAAUAAUGUUGCGCUCCUCAUUCCUCCUACACAGGCGAGUUCUCAGAGAGAACCGUCCCCUGUGACUCUGUCUCUGCCGAGGUCACUGAAGAUCGAUGCCGUUGGGGUUAUUGCCCACAAUGGGCCAUGCCGUGUGUGGUCCGAAGGCUUGAAGUGGGAUAUGAAUGGGCUCCUCCUGGGAUACGAAACGAUACAGUCUGGGUGUAAUGUGCCUCUGAGCAAAAGUGUACGGGUUUCUAGCGAUGGCUUUGUAAUCUUUACUUUGUCCUACAGCUUGACUGGUUAA